CUAUUGCCCCAGCGCGCACGACAUCUUGAGAAGCAACAAUGAUAGUCUGCAGGUAACCGACAUCAUCGACCGUCUACACAAUGGCGGCUCUUCCACCCAACCUCCUCUCCGGCUCCUCUCAUCCAUCCUCCCACACCUCUUCCCCCUCCCGCCAUCUCUCCCAAUACUCGACUUCAAGCAACCCUCUCGUCAGCGGUACACCCACACUGAACACCUCGUCCUCCACACUGCGCUACCCAUCCACGCGCAAAACCAUCUACGACCGUAACCUCAACCGCUCCCGCAAUGCCGAACUCUCCCGCGCCAGCUUCGCCUACUUGUUUAUGGAAAUGGUGUCAUACGCCCACAAACGAGUCAAGGGCAUCCAGGAUUUUGAGAAGAGAUUAAGCGAACAAGGUUAUCCAUUAGGUCUCAAACUACUCGACCUCCUCCUAUACCGCUCCACUCCAGCCGGCAGCUCGAGUUCCAGCUCUUCCACGAGCACUUCUUCAUCCUCAUCCUCUUCCAGUAAUGCCACCCGGCCACUACGCUUACUCCCGCUCCUCACCCUACUCACCACUAAGCUCUACCCGCUCUUGUUCUCCCGUCCAGCCGAUUCUCUCGAACAAUCUACCUCCAAUCCAGGAGAAUAUAUGAUUAUCGAUAACACUCCCUUAACGAACCAUUAUAUCUCUGUGCCCAAGGAAAUGAAUCAGUUGAGUGUCGCGGCCUAUAUCGCCGGUAUUAUUGAGGGAGUGUGUGAUGGCGCGGGCUUUCAGUGCAAGGCUUCCGCUCAUAAUACGGCGACUGAUGUCUGGCCAAAUCGAACGGUGUUUUUGAUCAAAUUCGAGGAUCAUGUUCUGGAGAGGGAGAAGGAGUUGGAGAGACAGGGUGUGAAGUGAUCAACCAGAACUUCCGGAAACCACAUAUCACACAGAUGAGGAAAUGCUGCUGUCCCAACGAUUGCUGUGGCCAACAGUGCAACCUCUUGCGCCGGCCGUCUUCUUGUCGUCUCAGUUUAAUUGAAUGGUAUUCAAGCGCCACGAUCAAGCGACUUAUGGCUCCAGACAGCCCAGGUCAUUCGUAGGCAUGGAACCAUCAACGCAGAUCGAUUUUUGCUCUCGUCAAGAGACUAUCAUCGCACGGACCCCGAUGUUGACAAGCCUGGACACAUCAUUCAAUCCGGUGUCAAUGCAAGCACAGAGAGUUAAGACCAGACUCAAAGUCUGAACAUUACAACCGCCGCUCAAUCGAACCAAGUCGAUCCAACACCAGAUCAGUCAUCCAUGCAGCAGAAUCGUCACUGGAAUAACACACGGCACGAGUCAACGUGGACCAGCAUGAUCAAGCCUCGAUCUCGCUUUACGUUAGAGGAUGUCUAGAAUUGAUCUGCCGAUUGAGGUCAUGCAUGAGCGAGCUCUUCAAGAGUUACAAUCAUCCAUAUGAGCUUAUCUGUCUGGUGCUCGCUAGACAGUUCCAGAGCCAAGGCUCGAGGAGCAGAAAUGGCGUACGAUACUUGGUAUCUCUUCCUUGUGAAGACUGGAUGGGUAGGAGAGCACGCCGACCAAGAUAUUAUAGCUGUUAGUGCAACGGAGACGCAUUAGGUGUAUCCAUCAUGUCAAACAGCCUAACAUCGAGACAGAUAGUACUAUACUGUACAUUCAUACACUAACUCUACACCGAGA